AUGCCUGAGAAACCAACCCUCCGCAUUGGCUACGUGCCAGAACACUACCUAGCCCCCCUCCACCUCUCCCUCCGCAGCCCAACCUACACCUCCCCCGCCUUCCCCUACACCCUCGAACCAGUCCCCUUCCCCUCCGGGACCGGCCACAUGAUCACCUCGCUACGCGCCGGCGAAAUCGACCUCGCAAUCGGGCUCACAGAAGGCUGGGUCGCCGGGAUAGCAGGCAAAUCCGCGCCCACCACAGAAUCCGAAGCCGGAUACAAGAUCGUGGGUCAUUGGGUCGACACCCCGCUCCGCUGGGCGAUUGUGACGGGUCGUGAUCGCAGCGACUUGAAGGGCGUGGAUGAUUUGCGCGGUGGGAAGGUUGGAGUCUCGAGGUUGGGCAGCGGGUCGCAUGUUAUGUCGUUUGUGCUUGCUGAUGAGCAGAAGUGGGAGGGCGUCGGUGGGGGGUUGGAGCCGGUUAUCCUGGGACCGUUUGGGUCGUUGAAGGAGGGCGUCACGGGCACGAGCGCGGGGCAAACGUCCGAGCAGGGCAAAGCGGAUUUCUUCAUGUGGGAGCACUUCACGACGAAACCUUCCUUCACGGGGGAGGCUGCGCCGCUAAAGAAGAUCGGGGAGAUCUUCACACCGUGGCCGUCGUGGAUGGUCGUUGCGUCGACUUCUGCCUUCCCGAACCCGGAGUCUGAUGACCGGCUGGACAAGUUAUUCGCGUUACUGGAUGAGGGAAUCAAGGCGUUCCAGGGUGACCAUGAGGGUGUGGUUAAGAUGCUCGGGACUGGCGAGUUCGGCUGCCAUUACUCUGCUGAGGAUGGGGCCGAGUGGAUUCGGGAUGUGAGGUUCUCCGAGGGGACGAGGGGGGUUAGUGGGGACGUGCUUGGGGGUGUCGUGGAUGUUUUGAAGGGAGCGGGGGUUAUUGGGGAGGGUGUUGAUAGGGAUGAGGCUGUCAAGAGGGUUACGGGGAUUAGUAGGUGA